AUGCAGUUCAAGAACCUCGCCCUCUCUCUCUUCGUGGCCUCCGUGGCCGCCCAGGACAUCAACAGCCUGAUCGCCCAGGUUCCAACCUGCGCCUUGAGCUGCCUGUUGAACGCCGGCGCACAGGUCGGCUGCGACACCACGGACUACUCGUGCCAGUGCUCCAAGGCCGACGCGUUGAAGCAGGCCGUUGAGCCCUGCUUGGCCAAGUCCUGCAGCGCCGAGGAGAUUGGCAACGCCCAAAGUGUCAGCGAGAAGAUCUGCGCCGCCGUCGGCGCCGUCUCGUCCGUCAGCUCCGCCGUGGCCAGCGCCACCUCGGCCUUGAGCUCGGCCGCAUCCAGCGCUUCGGCCUCCGCUUCCGCCUCGGCCUCGACUGCCGUCACCACCGGCUCUGCUGGCCGCGUCGAGGUUGGCGUCGUGGCUGCCGCCGCCGGUAUCCUCGCCUUCGCUCUCUAA